AUGCAGAGCCGUUACUCGGCUAUAACCGUUCAAUUAGGUAUCAAUAUUCAUAAGCCUGUUCCGGGUCGAUUGAAAAGCCGGUUCCGCUGAAUAGAACGAUCGCUAUCAGAACGAACAAAAAGAACACAAUGGACUUCUAUGUAUUGUAUACUUCAGCUCUAGAAGUCGGACCAGCAUGAUGCACUAUUUCUGCGGGACUAUGACGCGGUCAUUUGAAUGUUUGUGUUCUACGAGGAUUAAACAACCAGUACAGAUACCAUAAAAAGGCAGUCAUGCACGGAGAAUAGAUAAACUGGUGUUGUUUGAAGAGAAAAAAGGACCUUAAAAGAUCCUGAAGAUACUUUAUUAUUGAUAAAUUUAAACCUACAUAUCUCAAACAGGGUGUUGACAGGUUUGGAUAUUCACACAGACUCUUUCGAGACUAAGAGAGCGAGCACCAGACAUGCCUUAUUAGUUUGGGGCCGAUGAAGGAUAUUAUGAGUUUCAACUCCAAAGACCGAUUCCGCAGACAGGAUGCAGUGGAUAUUAUCAUUUUCCUGCCAUUGAAGAUGUAAAACGUACAUCUCCAGAAGUUGUUAUUUUCGCCGGUUUUGUAUAUUGGAAUUAUUCUUCAGAAGUCGUAUGGCAGAAGCAAUGUUAUUUCUCAACUAGAAGGUGAGAGUUGCUUUGAAAAGCGAUAAACAAUGUGCUUUUCCAUUGGUGUAUAGUGUGUGUGUGAUAGAAAUACAAUGGAAAUCAUGACGCCUCUAGACUCCGGAGGAGGCGAUUUGUCUCAGCAAUUUGACAUUUCACCUGAUGGUUUUUCAUAUAUUCAAGGUGAGGAUACAAAAAAUAUUAAAAUAAAACAAUAUCUAUGUGUCAGGGACUCGUUACCCAAAACGGCUCUUUCUCACGUGAUUCUGAACGAAAAUAUGAGUCAGGAUCGCCAACUAGAAAGAACUAUGAGUGAUUUGACUCUCCGACAACUCAAACAGUCUAACGCGAACGAUCUGACACAAAGAACUUUUGUUGCCAUGCAGGACCGGAAACAAAAGAAAUGGAAAAGAGAUGACGAGACCCGAUUAUCAAAUAUGAACUUUCCGGUUUAUUCUGUUCCGGAAGAGAGACGCCCAAAGGAAAUGGACGUCGUAUACCGACUUCCGGAUUAUCGAGUGAAAACGAGCAAAGGACCAAGACUAAAAUCUGCUUCAGCCGGAAUCGGAAAUGGAUCCGGACCUGGAACCGGAAACGGAAAUAACAUUACAACGUCUACGCCUAGGCAGAUGAAAAUGCCUUUUGGAAUUAGCAAAGAAAAAACGGAAAUUAUAACACACAAUGAUAAGACAUUCAUGAACAAGCUACCGGAAGUGGAAGUUGUAGACCAUGGCGCGCUUAAACACUAUGACAAUUACCGAGGCAAGACAAUGCUUGAAUCGGGUACACCGUCAAGAGAUAUGCGUUUCAAGCGUUUGGAAAAUCUCCUUAACCCAGCAUUUUUAAAACAAACCGACCAAUAUAAUGAACAAAAUGUCAAGUCUAAAAGUCGGCUUUCUAAAUACUCCGGUAUGGCUUUGGACGAUAAGGAAAAAACGGACGAGGAAAAACAUCUAAAUGAUCAACUAUUUGCAGAAAAUAGUUUCGUAGCGCCCUCUAUUGCGCCUUCUGUCGACGCAUCUGUAGUGCCCUCAAUGCUAGGAGAUUUUGCUCAAACCGUAUGUCUUUCAGCUCCCCCGUCAGUGGUUCAAAUGCCACAAAGCAGAGCAACUGAGCAUGCGUGGAUGAUAACAAGAUUAAAUACGACAUCCGAUUUCAACGCCAAGCCUGCCUCAUCACGCAGUAGACUUGCUCAAGAUCAGAAAAUGGAAAAUGCGAAGAAACGUGUGAAAAGGAGCGUGGAAAUAUUGGAAUCUUUUAGAAAUGGCGAUGUUAACAAACUUGCAAAAAGUCUUGCCCGCGAUAAAAAACAAAGAACAGGACAAAAACAGAAUCACUGAACCGUGCAAUAAACAAUACAAAGUAAUCCAUUAAGAAGAAGUGUUGAACAUAAUGUGUGUUUAUACAGAUUGCCUUAUGUAUGAAUCUUCGUGUUUCAAGUUUCAAAUGUGAUAUUGUUAUGUUUCCAUGGAUAUUACCUUCAAGGAAAUUCACAGCUUCUGAAUAUAUAUUAUUGAUUAUAUCCAUCCAAAGCGGAUCUAUACUCGUGAAUUUCCGGAAUUUUUUUUGUGAUUGCCGGAAAGUUCCGAAUGAUUUUCAAUUCACAUUUUUGAAUAUGACAUCCGAUACGACUUAUUUUCAGGUAAAAUUAAUAUUUCUUUCUAUCACCUCGGGGUGUAAGAUUCAAAGCCUCAAAUAAACUUGAACAAUAAUGAUUCAUUAUUUUGUGAAAAUAAAUUCAAAUUUCUCUUACUCAUCCGGUGUACAUCUCUGGAUGCUAAUCAAUGUUUAUCAAAAUGAAAAUUAAAAAGUUUCAAAUAUGUAAGGUAAGGUUUGAUAAAUAAUGGUAUCGGUAUAUUAACAAAACCAUAUACGAUAUUUAUAAUAGUCGAUAUUAACAAAACAAGUAUAUCAUGUUACAGGGUCUAGGUGUACUUUUCAUAACUUCGAGUUCAUUCUAGAGUGUUACUUCGUCACAGUAACGCGUACCAUAGCAGGCCCCCAAUAGACCGGUGUUUCUAAGUUAAGAGUCGGUGUCUGGUGUCACAGGUCCGGAUAGAAAACCUAAAAACCCUUGGGUCGGUGUUGGAAAUGAAGUUUACUCAACAAAAACGUAUUCAUCUUUAACGGUUGUUACAUAAAAUUAAUUAAACAUUAUAUUACUCCUAAUUCUCAUCUAAUGUAAUAAAUAGUAUCUAUGUCCGUUUUACAUAUUGAUUUGAAUGAUUUAAUCAUGUAAAAAAAAAAAAUUAAAUAUCCGAAACGGGAAAAAUCUGCAUAUGCUAACCAUGCUUUAGAACACGUAGAUCCCAGAUGUGUAUUGUAUAUUGAUUAUAUCUAUAUAGGCAUAAUGAAUAAUAUAUUUACGACUGGGGAAACUCCUGAUUAACUACAGUCGGUGUUCAUUAGAGGUAAAAUAUAUCACGCAUCAAAAAUAUCUUAAUUAAAAACGUUAAUUAAGAGUACAAUCUGUUGUGUUUAAGCGAAACUACUGAACGAUUCCUCUACUUUAAAUCAAUAACUUCAAAAGGAAUGUCCCUUUCAUAAAAGUGGCAACAGAGAAAGAAAAAUACUUUAAAACUAUGAAACUAUUCACAAUUCCUCUAAUUUAAAUAAAUUAUUUCAGAAGGAAUGUCCCUUUACUAAAAGUGGCAACAAGGAAAGAAAAAAUACAUUAAAACUAUAAAAAAUGGUGAAAAUAAUGUUUAAUGUAAUCCAAUGCGGCGUAUUACUGGAUAUAUUGAUAUUUAGUGAAGAAAACAUUCAAAAACCGUCACCGAAAGUUCCUUUUUGCAUAAAACUGACAUCUCAACUAAUUCCAGACACUUGAAUUUCGGAUAAGGGAUCUCCGGUUUUCCGAAUAUCCGUAAAGCGGUAAUCGAUGUAAUUGUUUAAUGCUAACUCAUAUAGAUAUCAAAUUUACUUCUAGGCAUAAGUGUUUUAGGGGGUCGUCAUUUGAUGUUUACAAAAAUGGUGAAAUAUCUUAAAGUUGUUUACUCUGGUCCUAAAUACCGCAAUUACUGUGAGAUGAGAUCAUAAAUACAUAUGAAAUCAAGGUAAAACACCUUUACCGAAUAGACUUUUAAAAACAUAUUUGUAAUCACUUCCUACAGGUAAAAAUUGUUUUGUUUUGAAUCUUAAUUUUUAAAAAGACCAUAAUCCGCGGAACCCGGUAUCUUGGAUAAUACCGAUCUCGGACUCUGAAAAAGUAUGAGAAAACCUGCGAUUGAAGUUAUACUUUACAAAAAAUGUAUACUGUUUUUGUUGUUGUGUUUAUUUUAUAUAUAUCUGUUUGUUGUUUACCUAUAUUCUGUGUUCUAUAUGUGAUGAUUGGCUGACGUUUCUGUUAUCGAUUUCCCCCCUGAAAUUGAUUACUAAAAGAAGUUGAAAUGUAUUCACGGCGUAAUGACAAAUCAAAAGAUUCGUAUAUCCUCGGGAUUUUCCGGAAAUGCGUGCCGAAAAGCCUAAGAAUGUGAAAUUUGGUUUAUAUGUGCCUGUUAAAUUAGACGGAAUUUAAAAAAUGUUUCAGUUAUGGUUAGUUUAAUGCUGACAUGAUACCUGAAAAUUAUUGAAGAUAUUCUCUGAUCCAUCGAAACUGUAAUAAACAAAC